AGGUGUUUCGAUGGGGCCUCGCCGAACGUCUACGAGAACGCUCCCGACCAACGCUGAUUCAUGUAAAGGACGAGUUGGCGGAGAGACGGUAUCGGUAAUAUCGUCGACGGAGGAAUCGCAGGAGCUGGAUGCCCUGUUGGAGCUUUCGGGUGAGGAUAAUAGUGUUGAUGAAGAGCAGGAAUUUUUAUUCAAGGGGAAAUCGCGAACAGCGGAGAAGUCGAAGCGAGCUUCGUGUAAUGUUAAAGGUCGGCGGAAAGAGAGGGAAUCCGGGCAGGGCGCAUCGACUGGAUUCGCUGCGUGGAAUAAGGGUAGUAAAACUGGGAGUAGGUGUGAUUUUGAUUAUGGAAUUUUUGUGAUGAGAAGGUGGUUGAUGCUUUUUUCAAGUAUUAUGAUAACAGUUCACGUGGGGUUGGAAUUGUUUAGGAAAUUGUUCAGAAUGUGAAGUAUUGAUCCUUGGCAAGUUUAGCUCGUCUCGAGCUAUGUGGAGUGCUGGGUUGAGUACAUUUGAUCGAUCGUUAAUUUCGAGGCAAUCUAGAUGCGCCCGUUGGGGGUAUUGUCGUCCGCGUCGCUUGGACGGAGGAGAGAGAAAUUUAUAAAGUUCGUGUUUGAUGAGCUCUUUAGCGGUGGCGGCAGAGGAGGAUUCGGGUGGCAUCACGUUCGAGUGUAUCACGAAUGACGUCCCUGUCGUUAACCCCAGUGAGGAGCAGGUUGAGAGGCUGAAGAAAUUGGUGGCUUGUAAGAACCUUUUCGCGCGGCAGCUACCGAAGAUGCCGAAAGAGUACAUUGCAAAGUUGGUGUUUGAUCGCCGACAUACUACGUACACUAUGUGGAAAGAAGGAGCCUUGAUAGGCGCUGUCUGCUUCCGGUGCUACUUCAAAUACGGUCUGCUGGAGAUAGCAUUUCUUGCUGUAACGAGUGAUGAACAAGUGAAGGGCUAUGGUACGCGGCUGAUGAAUCGACUGAAGGAGUUCAUCAAGCAGUGCAAUCCGCAUAUAGAGGCGGCCGCGCCAGAGUUUCGGCUGAUCACACAUUUCAUAACGUAUGCGGAUAAUGCUGCUGUGGGGUAUUUUGCAAAACAAGGGUUCACCAAGCACGUCAAAGUGCCCAAGUACAUCUGGUCAGGGAUGAUCAAAUCGUAUGAAGGUGCCCACAUGAUGUCGGUGGAGCUCGCCUUGGAUGUGAAUUAUCUCCGAGUGGCUGAUAUGCUCUCUGAAACUCGACAGAAGAUCUGGCAAGAUGCACUGGACGAACGCCCCCCCGUAGAGAUGCCUCCGUUGUGCGACGCUCAGCAGCUGCCCGAUCCUCUACCCGUAGAUCAACUUCCCGGGAUUGAACGAUCGAAUUUGAAAAGACAUAAUUCGAUUACUCCGGCGAAAUCUGAUGGGGAAUCAGCUCGCGAGAAUGCCGACCUGAAAGAGUCUUUGGAGAGCCGAUUAUUGUCGUUAACAGAGGCUUGCUUUGAGCACGAGUCCAGCUGGCCCUUUAGAAUUCCUGUUGCUGUUAAGGACGCUCCUGACUACUAUAUGAUAAUAAAACAUCCUUCGGAUCUGUCUAGUAUAAAGAAGAAGUUGCUCACUCAUCAGUUGACGACGAUCAGGGAGUAUCGUCGUGAUAUGAUGCGAAUUUUCGACAACUGCCGUUUUUACAACGGGGAUGAUGGAAAUAUUUACGUCAAAUGCGCCAGGGAAUUGGAGAAAUUUGCAUUUACUCGGUUGAAGCAAGUUGAGGCUGAUUUUGGAGGAGAUGAUGCUGAUGAGCUUAUGAACGGCAGCAGCGAAAAACGAUUGUAUCUCGUUCCUUAUAUGGGCUCGGAAACGGAGAAGGGAAUGCCUCCUCCGCUGGAGAUACCACUGCUACCACAAGUGGAGGCUACACCGCGUCGCCAAAACUGCGCUGAGUUUUUGUGCCAGCCGCGCAACGUCCUCAUAGUGCUCGCGCUGUUGCUUUGCAUUGCUGGAAGCAUCAACGAUGUCUCUUGUAAGAUAGUUCAGAACGUCUAUGGACAGGAUUACGCCUUUUUCGUUGACCAGUUCUGCAAUGUUGGGUAUAUGGUGAUGACAGCGAUUCCGGCGAUGGUAUUGCGUAGCGAGAGAAAGCGCGAGAAAGACCCACAGGAAACCUUCCCGCCUCAGUACAAAUUCGCCAUUAUGGGCCUCCUGGACGGUCUGGGUACCCUCUUCAGCAGCAUAGGGGGGCCCUCGACCCCUGGCCAGUUCCAGACGGUUCUUAAUCAAACGCUAAUCCCAGUGACUAUGAUUUGCAGUAGUCUCGUCCUUGGUACAACCUACACUGGGAAGUCCAUCGGCGCGGCGUUCAUCGUCUUUGUCAGCGCUUGCGUUACUGUCGUCCCCUCCUUCAGUGGUGCCUCUGUUGCCAACUGCAGCGGACUGUCGGUUUGCUUGUACUUCCUGUCCAACAUUCCUAUGGCCCUUUCUAACGUGUAUAAAGAGUCGGGCUUCAACAACUACAGUGUUGGUGUGUGGACUAUGACAGCUUAUGUUGCCGCCUACCAAACAAUCAUAUCAUUCGGUCUUGGUUUCCUCCAGUGCGUUCCGUACCUGUCUGGACAGCCCGGAGGCGUUCCUCUCUCACCGAAAUCGGUCGUGUUCAAUUUUCUCAACGCCUUCAGCUUCUCCGUCGGCCCUGCCGGACUGCUACUACUAGCUUACUGCGUCGUCAACCUCGUAUUCAACGUGCUCGGUGUGGCAGUGACUAGAUAUGGAUCGGCUCUACAGGUCGGUGCCAUCAUGUGCUCCCUGGCCUAUGCAGUGAAGUUACCCGUGUCGAGUUUGCUGUACACGAGCUCCUUCCUUAUGGGUGAAGACUAUGCUGAAAGCUUCUCCCCUUACUCCCUGAUUGGAGUCGUCGGAGUAACUACUGGGUUUAUCUUGUAUGUACGCUACAGCAACUUGGGCGGCACGGAGGAUCGCACUGAGUUCGCCACCCCGAUGCAGACGUCCUACGAAGAGCCUUGGGCCUUCCAUGAGCGUGUCGUUGGAUGUGUGUCCUCUGGAGUGGUGCCACACACCCCUAUUGCUGAUAGGAGUACCACGCCUCGUUUCAAUAUGAAUGAAGGAGCUUGAGCCCCCCCCCUCCAGGGUGUAAACUAAC